AUGCGCGCCGCACCAGUUUCCUUCAGCUUCACGUCGCAGCUGGCCAAUUUGAAAAACACAUUAACCCUAUGGGAAGAUGUCGUUUCAAAAACAAUGAAACUGAGUGCGGCAUUGAGGACUGUGAUUCAAUGCAUAGCCGGAUUUCUAGAAGCAUUUCAAAAGAUUGCGGAUUCAGCCUAUGGGAGUAAUUGUGGACUCCGCGAGCUUGGAAGUUGCAUGACUCGUUUUUGUCUGCGGGAACGUGGUCUCGAGUCUCGACUCCGAACAUUCAAUAGGUAUGUCUAA